CUCCGGAUGAACAGCGAUGGGGGAAUGGACUAUUCUAGAGAGGCUACUGGAAGCUGCCGUGCAGCAGCAUUCUACUAUGAUAGGGAGGAUCCUGCUGACCGUGGUGGUGAUCUUCAGAAUUCUCAUUGUGGCCAUUGUAGGGGAGACGGUGUACGAUGACGAGCAAACGAUGUUUGUCUGUAACACGCUGCAGCCAGGCUGCAACCAGGCUUGUUAUGACCAGGCUUUCCCCAUUUCUCACAUAAGGUACUGGGUGUUCCAGAUCAUCAUGGUGUGCACCCCCAGCCUGUGCUUCAUAACAUACUCCGUUCACCAGUCUGCUAAACAAAGGGAACGGAGGUACUCCACUGUCUUCCUUACCUUGGAAAGGGACCAGGAUUCAAUGAAGCGUGAGGACAGUAAGAAAAUCAAGAACACGAUUGUCAAUGGGGUGCUGCAAAACACUGAGAACUCCACCAAAGAGGCAGAACCAGACUGCUUAGAAGUGAAGGAAAUCCCCAAUCCUGCUAUCAGAACUACAAAAUCAAAGAUGAGGAGGCAAGAAGGCAUUUCUCGAUUUUAUAUCAUCCAAGUGGUCUUUCGAAAUGCCCUAGAGAUUGGAUUCUUAGUGGGACAGUAUUUUCUGUACGGAUUCAAUGUCCCUUCCAUGUACGAAUGUGACAGAUACCCUUGCAUUAAAGAAGUAGAGUGCUAUGUUUCUAGACCCACUGAGAAGACUGUAUUCUUGGUAUUCAUGUUUGCUGUCAGUGGGAUUUGUGUGGUGCUUAAUUUGGCAGAACUGAACCACUUGGGCUGGAGAAAGAUCAAAAUGGCAGUGAGAGGAGUACAGGCAAAAAGGAAAUCCAUUUAUGAAAUCAGAAAUAAGGACCUGCCAAGAAUGAGCAUGCCUAACUUCGGCAGGACUCAGUCAAGUGACUCAGCUUAUGUGUGAGGCUGUGACAGAACUGAAACACUGUGCCAGGUGGAACAGACCCAGAUACCAUUAGAGAAAGGUACAUUGCUUAGGCAAGCAUUUUAUCAAACCACCAAGAAAGCCAUUAAGGUAUUGGAUCUCCACUUACUGAACUAGCUGCAAAAUGCAGCGCUAUAUAAAAGACUGAAAAAACAGCUCUAAAACCAUGCUUGACCUAGCCUUACAGCACAGCUACUAUUAUUCCUACUUUUCUUUCUAAUGAUUGGGUUUUAUCUGUCAGUGAAGCAGCUUUUUGGUUGUCAUUAGGAUGUUUACAGUUUGAACUGUCUGACUAAUUAUUGUAAAUGUGUAGAAUGUUCAUAUCAAAAACUCUGCAAGGAUACUCUGUAUGGGGUGGGGUGGGGGACACU